UGGCGUCUUGCUGUCAAAAGUCAGCUGUUACGGUGACCAACUCCAAAUAUGAUAUCAGCUAGUUUGAAUGAAGCAUUUCUGGUCGGCUCCAGCAAAGGAGCUUGUACUCAUCGUUAACAUUCAUGCAUCUGAACUAGGAUUCUGGCAGCAGAAAGCUGCAGUCCCUCACACAUAACAACCAACGGGUACAGACAGAGAACAGCAAGUUCAACCAUCAUGGCCUUGACAGCAGAUCUUGAUCCGGAGUUCUCCGAUUUCGGCUUCGCGUGGUUGUUCGAUCCAAACGACUUGGCCUACCUUCCCAUAGAAGAGCAACUCAAGCACUACAAGCAGAGGCAAUUGUUUCCAAAUCUUUACUACCGGGUAGCCUCCAAGUCGUUUGGAGCACCUGUUUCAAGGAGGAGAGUUAUAAUAGCCCCACCUAUGAGCACCGCAGACGAUGGUGUUCGAGAACUCAAGCAGCCGUUCCAUGCCAGCUUGAACCCCCCUCCCCCACCUACCAAAACUCUGGAGGAAGAGGUGAAAGAGAUUCAGAAAGAGCUGUACAUCAGGGAGCAAGAGUGCAAAGAGUGGGUGGCCAAGCGCCAAACUCUGAGGCAAGAUCUGAACAAGUUAGGGCUGAACCAGUCGUGGCUGGCCAGGAAACCGGAUAGGACUGGUCUGGAGAGUCGUGUGCUGGGACAGCUGAAGGUGUCAGACAGACAGAGGCAGCAAAUACAGGCACAGGAGGCAGAAGAGAUACAGGUGGCAAAGCCGAAAGUAAAGGAGCAACAACGCGUCCGCAGUCCAACACCCACAGUGGCGUCUCCAUCACCUGAGGCCAUGAGAGUCAUCGAUAAAUAUGUCCGACAACACAAGCUACGUCUGCUUGACUUCUUCAUGCGAUUUGAUAAGAACAAGCAGUGGCUGGUCAGUAGGGAGGACUUUAAAAAGGUCAUCAAGCUGACCGGGGUACCGAUAAGUGACCACCAGCUGGAGGACCUGAUGGUGAUGUUGGACCAGGAUGGGAAUGAGAAGAUAGACUACAGGGAGCUGGUGCAGGGACGUCACAAACUACACGAUGAAGACUGGGACGCUCUGAGGAGUCAGGCCCAAUCUCGACUCACCAGAUCUGAGGAAAACCUGGCAGCGGGGAAACACAGAUCUACACACGGCGGUAAGAAAAGAUCCACGUCAGCUCAGGUCACCAGGGUUCACGCCCCGUCCUACAAGACUCCAGAGAAGACGGCCCAGGACACGGGACUGGACCGUUCGCGUCAAACCAUGGGCUCGAGUUCGUCGUCUUUGUUAGAGGUUCCACCAGUGGAUACAACUGAGACUGUACCUCUUUCCAGUGAAGUCAUGCUGGAGAGAAGGAAAAGGGAGAAGCAGUGGGAGAAAAAGGAGAAGCAGAAAAAGAAGAAGAAACGACAGCAGGAACUGGAGGAGGCGGUCCGACUGAUCCGGACAGGAAAUGUUGCAGUUGACAACCAUUCGUUACCGUCCUCUAUGACGGGGGAGAUGGGGGCUGCGGUGGAUCGGUACCGGCAGCAGCGGCUGCGUGAAUAUAACCAGAUCUGCAGACUCUGCAAGGAAAGCGGCACAGCGCUCUCAUCAAGUUUGCUGGAGAGAGUCCUGCUCCACCCUGGUGACCGGUUGCUGACCGGCAGCACCACUGCCCUGCGCCAGCCUGGACUGGACCUGCUGUCUAAAGACUGGGCAAAAACACCAGCAGCCCACAAGGCCAAGAAGAAGGAGGACAAAGCAGUCAAGCAUCAAGGCGAUCAUGUGGUAAAACGGACGAAGCAAGGCACUCUGUUGGUUGACUCCCGACACGUCUACCCCAUGCAGAAGAGAGUGGGAGCCACCGGUCAGCGCAUGAGUCUGUCCACCGGAAAGGCCAACAUCUCUCGAGUGGUGGACUGUUGGAUGACCUUUGAGGAAUAUGAGCAACUUACAAGAACCCACAAGGUCAGGUUCAAGAAGUUGGUAAGCAGUGACACGCCCAAUGCCUCCAGUGUGGACGACAACGCCUUCUGGCCUGGACACCUGCUGGACAAGCUGCGACUCUGCAUGUGUCCGGAGGACAAGCCGCCCGCCGAACCACAUACCCUGUUCCACAACACACAGAACAAGCCUCCCACUAACUGGGGAUACGAGAACAAGGAGACAUGGCCAGUCAGCGAUAGGGGCUACAUCCAGUACGGCCACAUUGAAACGGACAAGGAGAUUCGGGGUUAUAAUCUGUAGGUACUGUACCUGGGCGAAACCCAUAAUGUAUUGUGCACAGCACUUCAGCAGAACCCCUCAUAUAAAGUCGUAUUUGCGUAUGUACUAUCAACAGCCCGUCUGUAGUUUCCAAAUGUUGUAUCGGCAAAGAUACUAGUAUCUUCUGCAACAGGCAAAAUUCUGAUGCAAUGUUGACCAAACGUCCAAUGAAAACCGUGAAAAAUCAGUGUUUUGCACAGGCGCAGUACGUUCUGUUGGCAUGCUGGCCAAGACACGAGUCAAUUUAAUUCGUAAAUGGCUAUAUAUUGGAUAGCCUGGGUGCCAUCCU